AUGAUUCGGAAACAUAGUCGCGUAUUAUCGUUCGUCCUCUCUACACCUGUGAUUUGUCGUGAAACGGGAAAAAUGCUACCUGUAAAUCGCCUCGCCUUACUGGCUUUGCGGCGAAAUCUUCAGGUAGUAUCUGGAGCGCGGUUGUUCGGAGUUGGAAUAGGGGAGACGACUGAAGCAGGUCAUCCUAAGAACCCCAACAUGACUCCCAACGAGGAUCGCUCCCCAGCCACCAGUGACGACCUGACACGUGAAGCAGCUGAGUCAGCAGCACCAACCCCAGGAGGCGGUCCCACCAGCCUGAUGGAGGCGAGGGGUGAGAAGGAGCAGAAGCACUCCUCGCAUCUGAGGUCCAAGGGGUUUGCAGUGACGGAGUUGGAGCCUGGAUUGAGUGAUGCUGAGGAGAAACUGAAGAGGAGGCCUGGAUCAGGUUUAGGAGGCAGCAGGCAGACGGUCACUAGUGAGACAAUUUCUGGAAUGCCAAACUGA